AUGAAGUUAAGGCCAUACUUGACGUGUGAAACAGGCCUGAUAUGUUUUGAAGACGGCUCCAGAACAUCUACGCACACCAUGAGUGACUGGACUCCUGAAGGCGCUCUUCCUGCCGAUCUCAAGGAGGAAAUCGCGGCAGCUGCCACCGGCACAGAGUCGCUUCUGGCAUUCCUGAAUGUUGUUGAGCGGCUCAAGACAACUCCUCGAACUGGCUGGCUGAGAUACAAGAUGAUCGAUGAUCCUGAAUCUAUUGCCGACCACCAAUACAGAAUGUCCAUCAUCGCCAUGCUGUCUCUGUCGCCCGUGAACCAGAACACCUGUGUCAAGAUGGCUCUAGUGCACGAUAUGGCCGAGGCUAUUGUGGGUGACAUCACUCCGUUUGACGAUAUGACAAAGGCUGAAAAGUCGCGACGAGAACACUCAUCGAUCAUCUACAUGGCUGCUUUGGUGGAGAAGUACAACCCUGUGGCAGCCAAGGAGAUCGUCGAUCUGUGGAACCAAUAUGAGAACUGCUCUACCGACGAGGCCCGACUGGUCAAGGACAUCGACAAGUUUGAGCUCAUGCUGCAGACUUACGAGUACGAGAAGCAGCACAAGUUUGCUGAGGAUCUCAGUCAGUUCUACACUUUGCGAGGCGUCAUCAAAACUGAGGAGAUUGGAAAGUUGGCUGACGAGCUGCUCAGAAAGCGGCAGCUGGCCAUGGACAAGUUAGGUGUCAAAUGGGAUUAA